GUCAUGCUUCUAGAGCGCUGCUGUUUACCACCACUCCUCUUGUUGUCUUUUCAUUUCUGCAAAUCUGAAUCAGAGUUUUUCCUUGUGGUCAUGGGAUUUCUCCCUUAUCAGCUUGUUUGCCUAUGCUACAGGCUGUAAACUGUGAAGAUGCCCUGGAGGGAAUUGUUGUGGACUUUAUUAUAACUGUGAAAUGGCUAUUUGAGGAGGGACUUCUAGGGGAACAGUUCCACUUCUGUGCUGGCAGAGACGGGUGAACAUGUAGGCAAUGUAGCAGUAAAUGUGGCCUGAACUUUUUUAGCAGGUUUUUUCCAAAAGACGUACUGGCAUGUUUUGGUGCUAAAGGGGAUUACCAAAGUUGGCAAUGGGCGACUUUGACAAGAUCUGGCGUGAGCACUGUGAAGAUGAGCAGACGCUGAGUGAGUACGCCCUCGCCAUGAAAAAUCUUGCCGACAACCACUGGACCAAAAACUGCGAAGGAGAGGGACGCAUUGAAUGGUGUCGCAGUGUCUGUCAAGAAUAUUUUUUGGAUGGCGGGAUAAAAAGAAUGUUAGAAAAGGAUGAGAAAAGUGCGAUGCUUGCCAUGGGUCUGGCUGCAGCAUCUGUAAGUGCCCAACCAUACAGCACCAUCCCCAGUUCUAUCUCUCAGCUGGGGAAAAUGCGCCUUCUUGACGUGGGAAGCUGCUUCAACCCUUUCUUGAAGUUUGAUGAAUUCCUUACAGUUGGUAUUGACAUAGUGCCUGCAGUUGAGAGUGUGUACAAGUGUGACUUCCUCAACCUUCAGCUCCAGCAGCCGCUUCAGCUGGCUAGUGACGCGGUAGAGGCCUUUCUCCGCCAGCUCCACAACCCCAUCGACACACUGCCUGCCCAGCUUUUCCAUGUGGUGGUCUUCUCACUGCUCCUAUCCUACUUCCCCUCACCUUACCAGCGCUGGAUCUGCUGUAAGAAGGCCCAUGAGCUGCUGGAGCUGCAUGGCCUGCUGCUCAUCAUCACGCCCGACUCCUCCCACCAAAACCGCCAUGCCCUGAUGAUGCGCAGCUGGCGCGUUGCGGUGGAGUCCCUGGGUUUCAAGCGCUACAAAUACAUCAAGUAUUCCCACAUGCAUCUCAUCGCCUUCCGUAAGGUGUGUCUGGCCACCACCAGCGACCUGGUGUCACGCAACUACCCAGAGAUGCUCUACAUCCCUCAGGACUUCCACUCCAAUGAGGAGGAAGAGUGUGCCGAUGUGCCCGUGCAGGUGCGCUCCGAGUUUGAGGAUGACCAGAUGGCUUGGGGCUUCACAGAGCUACCUGACACGCCCUAUGAUUCAGAUUCUGGGGAGAGCCAGAGCAGCUCGGUGCCUGGCUUCCAUGAGCUAGAAGACCCCAUCCUUCUUCAGAGCUAGGCUAAACUAGUUAACCUACCCCCCUCUCUCCUUUUCUGUACUUAACUCUCACCUCCCCUUCAACUGCUGCGCUGCCAAAUUUAACCUGCUGCAUUCUUCUCCCACUUCUCCUCCCUCUUCUCAAAACAAUGCAGUUUGCACAGUGUGAAAGAGAGAAGUUUACAGAUUAUAUUCUCGUAGCCACACUCCUCUGAGAGUACACACACACACACACACACACACACACACACACACACACACACACACACAAAACACACACUAAGAUGGAUAUAUUUUGAUAAAUAUCUAGAUUUUUUAAGAGUGGGAAAGGGAAUGCCCUUAAGAUAUCUAAACUCCCUGCUCAUUGAUUUCCAUACCACCUUCCAAUCAGCGUUCAAUAACAAAAGUCAGCUUGUCUAUAUUCUGCACUCAGUCUCUAUUUGAAUAAGCUAGUGUGGCAGACUGCUUAGUACAAAAGACAAAUACAGCAGUCUGACAGGAGUUUGAUUGCACUGGAGGGACUGAGAUGGAACAACUGGACUGGUACGCUUGCUUCUGUCACAGUCAUGCAGCUAGACUUUCUGAAAAUUCUUGAUGUGCAUUUAGUUUUCCAAGAUAAAAAAAAAAGUUGAUUUUUUUGAAAUAUAUAUUCUCAACAUUCAAAACAUUGGUGUUGUCCAGUGUAAAGUGUGGCAGUGCCAUUUUAACUUGGCAUCCUUUGAAUGAUGUGUGUGUCUUUUACAAGAAAGUGGUAUUUGUAGCAUUUUAAACAUUUUCAGAACCAUAAGGUAGGAGUAUUAGGUUUACUAAUGUGAAACUGUAACUGUGUUUACUCAUUGUGUAACAAGGUACGAGUGUUUCAAAGUAGAUAUUAGACUUCUUUUCCUCCUCUCGUCCUCACAAAUAUUAAGACAACACAUGUAUGUUCUCUUGCAGAGAAAUAGUACAACACUGCAAGUUGGUGACCCAUAUAAAAUAGACUUUAAAGCACCAGUAUCCUUUGACACAAUUUUGUAACUUUGAUGUUUAACUACAUUAAGUACUCUGCCUCCAAAAAAAAAUCCAGAUCUGAGCUCCUCACAGAAAAUGCACCUUGACAGAAGAGAUUUGCACUAAUUUUCUGUUUUGUCAUACAGAACCUCUGAAACAGGUGAGAAACUGUAGAGUUUAGCAAUAGCAAGCGAGACCAGAUCUGAAGAUACAGUAUGCCGGGGGCGGUUUUAGCUAAAGACACUACCAGUUGAAAUGUUAGUUAAUAAUGUUACACAUACAGUACAGGCCAAAAGUUUGGACACACCUUCUCAUUCAAUGCAUUUCCUUUAUUUUCAUGACUA